GCAGAAUCCCUGCGUUCCAGUAAAUCUAGCCCCCUUAAUGAUCAUGCCUACUUUAUUUAGGGAGUAGGAUUCGAUUUGGGACAAAACCACACUGGCUCGGUUUGGGACACAGCAGGCAGAAUGGCUGGACGUGCCCUGGCAUUUAUGCGGCUGGGAGCGAAAAGCAAAGCUCGUUUACAGUUUAAUAUUUGAUUAUGUAGAUUAUGUAGCUACACGCUCAGUUUAGCAGCUGUAUAAUGUUAAUAUAAACCACGGGGAACUGCUGAUAAACACUGUUUACAAUCAGUACAGCUACAGCUGUUAGCAUGCAGCCGUGUCCCGCUGUACCGCUGUCCAACGGGCUCAGAGUCCCAGUUCUGGGAUUGGGGACAUCCCAUGAUGGAGGCUACUCCCAUGAGGCUGUGGUUUACGCUCUACAAGAAUGUGGCAUCAGACACAUAGACACAGCCAAGAGGUAUGGCUGUGAGGAGGCCUUGGCACGUUCUAUAUCAGAGAGCAAAGUGCCACAUGAGGACCUGUGGAUUACAACCAAGCUAUGGCCAGGGGACUACGGGUACCAGAGCACCAAGCAGGCUUGUAGGGCCUCUGCAGCCAGGCUUGGAGUGGAGUAUGUAGACCUGUAUCUAAUACACUGGCCUGACUGCACAGUCCCAGGCCGGUCCAACAGGGAGGUUCGUGCAGACACAUGGAGAGCACUGGAGGAGAUGUACGAUGAAGGAUUGUGUCAUUCCAUUGGUGUGAGUAACUUCCUCAUCUCACAUCUCGAGGAGCUGAAAGAAGACUGUGGAGUGGUUCCUCAUGUUAACCAGGUGGAGUUCCACCCGUUUCAGCAACCGUGGGAGCUGGUGGAGUAUUGUCGCAGAGAGGGAAUUGCAUUUGAGGGCUACUGCCCUCUAGCCAAGGGCCAGGCCCUGAACCAUCCCCUCAUCCUGGAGCUCGCAAAGAAGUACAACCGCAGUGCCUCCCAGAUAUGCAUCCGCUGGAGCAUUCAGAAUGGGGUCAUCACAAUCCCAAAGUCCACCAAGCCACAUAGGAUUCUCGAAAACUGCAAAGUUUUUGGGUUCAUGCUCUCAGAAGAGGACAUGGCCAGUAUAGAGCGUCUGCACACUGAUAGAAAGCUAAUUCAUCUCACCUACCCUCUCUGGAAUGGAUAACAGGCUAAUAAGGGUUGUAGAAAGGCAGCACACUGGUAGGGUUGUAAUCAUGGUCUGAUUUAAAUCAGCUGUAUGAAGCUCUGGUCUCUGGGCUAGCUGUCUGUGAUUGGUGCAGGUAGUGAAACAUUAUAUACUUGGUUAAUAUUAAAUACAAGAUUAUGCUUGAUUAAUAUUACUUUGUUCCAUUCUGAUUUGGUCAUGCUUGACAUAAUUGGAAAUAACCAUACUUGUGUGUGUUUGAGUGCAUCUACAUUUUUUUUAACAGCGUGAAUCUGGCAGUUCUUUAUAUUGUUUCAGAAUGUCAUGAUGAAUGAACCAAUAGAAAUGCUCUAAAAAUAUUUUACAUUGACUUCCAUCCAUUCUCCUUGUGUAAAUGCCAAUUUUAAGUUAAAAGCCACUUAAAACCACUUUAAAAACAUAACUGAUGGGUGGGCAUUUACUAGCGUAUUUUAACACUGUUUAUAAAAUCACAAAAACUGUAAUAAAGCCACUGAGACGA